UCCCCUUCCUCUCGCCGUGCGGCCGAUCUCCUCGUCACAUAGCGAGAGAUCCCCAAAUCUCGUGAACCCUAAUCUCUACAGAACCCUGCGCCCAGUCGCUUCGCCUCGUCCCCCGAUUUGGUGCCCCCCCCUCUCCGGGCGUCCGGAACUUUCGCUACGGGAUGCCCCAUCUGGGCCGCGUUUCACGAUCUGCUUAUGCGUCCUUGGUCAUCAUGGCAAGGAACAUUGCAGUAAAAGGCAAGAACAGAUGGGGCAAGCAGCUCUGCUGUUUCCCUUGUUCCAGUAACUAUUUCUGCACCUCCACCUACGCCAACGGCGAGCAAUCUGCCAUCACCCAAGCAAUGGAUAUAGCAGAGAUGAAGGGCCAAACCUCUUAUUGUGUAUAUACAUCCCACAUUCCUCGCAACAGCACCCAUCGGGACGGUUCUAUUUACAAGAGGCACUCUGUUUUUCUACGUCUAUGGCCACUUAUUACCCGACGUGAUGAGACACAACUAGAGCCAAUGAUGUCCUCGCAGCCCAUGAAUUGCUCCCCGGAUCGGGAAAAAUGUGAAAUACAUUAUGCAACUCAUAUGUUGCAGAUUUUCUCAUUAAAAUUGGCUAAAAAUAGUACCAACGACGGCUUGGUACAGAUAUAUGGAUAUAUAGCAGUGCGGGAUUUUGAUGAUUCAUUGCUUAAUUAUGUUGUCAACCGCAGCAGAGAUGAUCCCAUCAUUGUGGAACAGGGUUCUCUUAUUGAGAUGACUGGCCCUAAGCGAUACAUCGCAAUGCUAUCCCCUGUACUUCUCGAGUUUGACAUGAGGAUCAAGAAAGGAGAGCAAGAAGAGGAUGAUCUACAACUAAUAGAUGGUGCAGACGAGUACGGCGGUGUACGCACAUCUGAAUACCCAUUCACUUGUCGUAUUAAUGGAGAUUGUGGCGCGGUUGACAUCACUUUAGCCCUUGUUCGUUGGGCAUUUGAGGCCACAAUAGAUGUUAUCAUAUCAAAAGUGCAGUGUGGAUUCGAUUUAUCUCUCAGUUCGUUUGUUCUUAAUAUGGAUGGGUUACAUGAGAUUCAGCUCUUUCGUGGCAGUAUUGGUGGGUCGUGUAGCUUAAGAAGACAUGUGAUUGCUGUAAAGGAGAAUACUUGGAUGCAUUUGAAGUUCAAGGUAGGUCAGAGAAGUUGUAAAAAUGAUGGUGAUCUUGAUCGGCAUUGUUCCUUCAAAGCAAAAAAACAUGGGUAUGAUUAUCAACAAAUCAUGCUCGAGCUUGCCUCUAUCUCAGUGAAGGUGACUUGGUCGAAUGUAGAAUAGGCUCGAGGUGAGUCCAACUUUGAAUUACGAAGCCGACAGCAAUUACAUCAAGGAAUUAACAAGGAAAGAAAAUACACAAUGAUCAAUGUGCGCAUGUAAAGCACUCUGUUUCAUAUUUGAAUUUUUAGUUGCGUUCCUUGAUCUUGCAGUGUAUGUGUGUCUAUUUGCUGCAGUGCCAGUUUACUAAUUUUGUGUUGGAACGUUCGUGUCUUGUCAAGUAUACAUGGGUAUUUGUAUCAUAAUUUGUGAUAUGCAUCCUCCUCAGUA